AUGGAUAACAAGAAAGUUGCUUUAUUUUUAACAAGAUCAAAAUCUUAAUAAAAAGCAUUCAAACUUUGUCAUAAUUGUGCAGUUGAUAAAUAAAAGGAUUUAAUUUUGAAAGAUGAUGCAAAAAAACAUUUUGAACAAAGUCUGCAUUAUUGUAAUAAAGAGAAUCUCUUAAUUCUAUUAAAAUUUUUAAUGAUAUCAAAGAACAAUUUUGCAAUUUUGGCAAAAGCACUAAUCAAAACAUUGAUACUGAAAUUCAAGUUAUUGAAUAAUCCUCAACCUAAUUUCAGAAAGUAAAGUGUUAUCUGAUAUUUAAUUUGAUCAAAUAGAACUUAUUCACUAGGAUAGAAGUUCAAUCCUAAAAAAUUAUGUGAAUUAUAAAGUAUCAUCAUAAUCACUUAUAAAUUAAAUAGGUAAUUUAUCCAAAACUAUGUUUUUAACAAAGUUCGAGUAAUUAAUAUAAAGAAUAGAAGUUUCUUAUAAGAGUGAGAUUGUAAAUCAAUUUUUGAUUUUGGGUUAUUGA